AUGAGUGGCGGAAAUGCCCAAGUGUUGAAAGAUGUCAUGAAUUCAACAUUUUCUUCCGACAUAACACCCGACACAAUAGCAAAAUUAGAAAGAGAACGUAGUCACUUAGAAUUAGAGAUGUAUGCUGAUGCUUGCGUAAAAAGUAUGAAACAAGAGUAUUUGAGUUACGGCGUAUGGGACAACUUCGAACAACUUACACAAGAGUUGGAUAGAUUGAAACGUCAACCUUCAAAAUUGAAGAGAUUAAGUGAAAGGGAUAGGAAUAUUACAAAAGAAAUUCAACAGAAAGCCAAUGUUGCACGUUCCAUUCGUGAAGCCAAAUCUAUAUUGGAAAGUAAAAAAGAAGAAUUAGAUGAGAUCAAGGAAGAAUUUGAUGAAAAAAUCGAAAUUAUUAAUAAGAUUAGAGCAAUUGAGGGGCAAGAAUUUCAAAUCUAUACUGAUGAUGAGCUCGAUGCAAUGAACAAAGAUACAUUACAAGGAGAGAUUGAUGCUAGAUUUCUUUGA